AUGACUAGCACCACCGUCCUGCGUUGGCCAACGCCUAGCGAUGAAGAGAAACAUGCAAGUGGUCGGCCUGCUACACUAUUACACAAGUACUCUCAGGCACUUCGGCAGAAGGAGUCGUCAUCCAUCGGAGAGAUAUCCCACCAGUGGGCCGCUCGCUUUCCAAAGCUAAGACGUCGACUCAUAGAGGCCCUUGAAGACACCCUUAUGCCCGACAGUCGGGCAUCGCGCCAUGUUGUGGGACCGUGUGAUAUGUUCCAUUUCGAAGUCGCCCUGGACCUAUAUGCCGGCUCUACAUUCCCUAACGGCUCCAAGCUUCGAGGCAUAGUCGACCUCGCCACUUGCCAGCCACGGCUUCCGAGCCGGAAUUUUGGGACCACGGUGAGCGGGUGGAAGCCUUCGCAUCUCCAGUCACCCCAGCCCCUCUCUACCUAUCGCGAUCAGUACCAUACAAUCCGUGUGCCGUUUCCAGAUGACAACUGGGAAGAGACGUUCGCUGGUCUAGCUGAACAUAUCGCUACGAAGCAUAUAAAGGACCAGAAGCGCACAGCCCACAAGGCCCCGGAAGCGCGUCAGGAUGCUCACCCUCAUACGUCAGGGGGCUGCAGGGUCCCAAGCGCCAUGCAACUCUUAUCGAACGUUGCCAUGUACCAGGAAGUCUGGUCAGCUCAGAAUGACGGUAGCGGAAUCUCUGAGGGAUGCUGGACGCGGCGGGCCGUGAUCGUGUGGACUUUCGCCCCUGUCCACCAGCGUCGAAUUGAAAAUGGCAAGGCCAUGACUGGGGCGCCUGGCACUACGUGGCAGUUCCUGACAGAAUUGGAUCCAUUAUCGCAAUACUAUCAGCAGCAUGCGUAUCGUUCACGCUCGUUGACCGGGGCGGGCGGCAUGAUUACUUCACGGCAGCAAUACGUGCCUCCAUUUCACACCGAACAAAGCCCCAGCACGACCUGCGCUGUUGCACAGGAACAGCCAGAGCCCCAACCUCCCGACGAGUUCGCCAGCGUAGAAACCCAAGCGCUCCUUUACCCCUGUGGUCCAAGCCACUUCCUAAUCUUCAAUGACGACAGCUUUCCUACGGGCUUUUCGGACACGUACAUUCCAGAUAUCAGCGCUGCCAUGCCGUGGAAUAACGGUCGCAACCCUGUCUGGGAUUGGGAUCCACUGCUGGAUGCGACCCUGGGACUAGGUGUCCCGUGGUGUUCUGGAUACAACAGUGAGGCGAAUCUGACCAUGGCCGACAGCACGGGGCUCAUAGCGUCAUAUAUCCAAGCGCAGAGCCAGGGGCAGAAGAGGAUGAGCAAAGAGCAUGAUGCGGAAACGACUAUACGAAACGGUAUGGGUGCGAAACGGAUACACCUCGUCCUUUCAAUGCCGUGA